AAAGUUGACUUCAACAACAAAAGUUUAAAAACAAAACAGAGCAAGUCACCUGCAGCUCUAGCCUAUUAUGCUAGCUAGUCGCUAAUUUUAUUUCAUUUACAAGAUACUAGUCUGCGCAUUUAAUUGGAGUAAAAAAGUAAGUGUUUACCUGGUAUUAAUUUUUCAGUCACCGGUAGACAAUUUAUGUACUAAUUCAAAUCGACAAACGAAAACAAAAAGCAAGAGACACGUACUAUAAAACAAGUUUUUGACUUUGUUAGAGAUUUCCAUGAAUUUGGGUUCCAUGGGAGGGAGCAGAUCUUUCAAAAGAUUUGAAUGAACACCCCCAGGUCGAUAUUGUUAUUCGUUUUUUCCGCAAAUUAUUCAUCGUGAAACUCCGAAAUUUCUUGCCAAAAAUUAAGUUUAACAAGGUGGCCAACUUCAGCGAGGUACAGUUGUCCGUUUAGCGUUCUCCACUCAAGACCGAUUUUUCAAUACAUAUGUAUGGAGUUCAUCAGCCACCGCCAACGUGAAAAGGUUGUGUCAUUCAUCGCGCAUUUGUUCUUGCGCACACUUCAACAAGUGAUGGAAAAUGAGAAAACUUUCAGGCGGAAAAUGACGUUGUUGUCCGGCGGAUGGCCCCUGGAUCCCCACGUCGAGUGCGGAUUCAACUACAAAUAUUUCCCGAUUGACAGCGUCUUGAGGUUUAACCUGGUGGAGGAUCUCAUUCUCUGGCGUCAAGGAUAUAGUUCCCAUUUGGAAGAAAGCAUACUUUGUACUCUGAAGCCGGAGAAUAUGAUUAAUAUCGACACCAUGAUUGUCGGCAUUUUGGUUUGUUUGUUUUCCAGGAACAGAGUGAUCCUCCAACACUUUCAAAAUUUUGAAGCCACAUUCGAAAAGUCCUCCAUCAUUUCGACGAUUCUGAGAACUGCAGCGAGAAAACACGGACCCUAUCUGGACGUCGUUUCGUGCACGUCAAUCAUGAAAAAUUGGUUUUAUCCCAAAACCAUAAUACCAAUAACAUAUGGUUACAUUUAAAUGUCGUGCUCAUCGGCGUUGUUAAUAGGAAACACAAUGAUGGUCCGCAACUUAAAUUUGCUU